CCUGAUUUAUGUGAUCCCUGUGAUCCUUCAACACUGUCCUGUGCAGCUCCACUUGUGUGUAGCUCGAACACUUACAGAUGUCAAUGCCCAGCCGGUCAAGUUCAAAUCGGAAAUAUGUGCUAUGGUAGACUUAUAGGUGAGAAUUGCACAACGGUCGCCGACACGUGCAUUGACAACAAUGCCGAAUGUUCUGGAGUGGAUGGUGUGUGCGAGUGUAUUCCGCCUUUUACAUUUAAUGCUUCACUUGACAUAUGUGUUGGACCAAACUUAGAUGACCCGUGUGAUGCUGAUUCUUGUGGUUCGGGACUUACCUGUGGCAGCACCAGUCAGAGGUGUGAAUGCUUAUCCCCUCGCUUACAAAUCGACAAUGUCUGUUAUGGCACACGUAUUGGUGAAAUAUGUACAACAGCGGAAAAUACAUGUAUUGAUGACAACGCAAAUUGUUCAGGUGGAGUUUGCGCAUGCAACCCUGGUUUCACUUGGAACCAUAUAAUAUGCGUUGGGAAGGAGCUGGAUGAUCCAUGUGAUAAUUCAAACGUGUCAUGUCUUGCCAAUGGACUUGUUUGUGGCCCAGAAGGAAAAUGUGAAUGUCCCGAUGAUGAAGUACAAAUUCAAAACCAGUGCUUUUCCCUGACUUGUGAAUCUUGUGAUGACGAUGACGAUUGCCUUGGAGAUCACCAGGUCUGUGAAGACCACAUAUGCAAGUGUGAUACAGACUUUUACCUCGAUAACUGCGGUGAAUGCAAACACAAGGUCGGAGAUCAAGGUGCAUGUGACGAUGACGAACAGUGUCAGUCUGGAUUCUGCAUCUGCGGUAUAUGCCAAGAAAAUGAUGAUGAUGACUGUUGCGACGACUGCGACGAGUUUAUAGCCGACAUCAUAUUUGUCCUUGAUAACUCGGGUUCUAUUGGAUCAUCAAAUUACCCAAUACAGAUAGCCUUCGUAAUAACCCUGAUAAAUGAGUUCUUGGUAUCCCCGACGGAUGCACAAAUUGGUGUUGUCGAUUAUUCCACAGGAAUAAACGAAGAUGAUACGUUUAAUAUGGACGAAUUUACCGACAACCUCGCUAUAACUCAAAAAGUAACGGAAAAUGGGUACGAAACAGGCUGGACAAGAACAGACUUAGCUUUAGACAGAGCUGUCUUCUAUUUCAACUCUGCAGCUGAUAGGCCUAGUGUGGACAACUAUGCCAUAGUUAUAACAGAUGGGAAUACCAACAAUGGUGGAGAGAAUAAUAUAGCGACUUCUGCAAGCAAUUUAAAAAAUGUCGCGACGGUAUACGCUGUUGGUAUUGGAGAUGGUAUUGCCGUUUCGGAACUACAACUUAUAGCAUCUGAUAAUUCUAAGGUUUUCAUUGCAACUGAUUUUGAUACGCUGGACGAGAUAACUGCGGAUCUACUGGCUUCUAUUUGUGGUGAUGAUUAGGACUAGACAUUACAGAAAGAAGGAAGUGGAUUCAAAUUUAUGAUAUUGGAACGCAGACAGUACUUUCAAUGCAUAGUUCACUAACGUGUUUUCGUGAAACUAUGGCAUAUAUUAAACUUUUAACUGAUAUUUAUGGCUGAUAUGCCGUUAUGUGUCUUAUGUAUUUAUGUGUAAAAAAUGUUUCUGGUUACAUGCUAAAAAGAAAAUAGGGUUUAUAGAGUUCUAUUAAGUCGUGAUCUUCGGAAAUUAUUUUCGUGUCAAAAAAUGAAUACAAAUAAGGGGGUUAUGCCUUUAGAGCAUAAAAUAUUUAGACCAAAAAUUAAGGGUAGGCCGGGUUAUCGGAAAAAAAUUUUUACGCCUUAUCUGGGGAAAACAUAUGAUAAUCUAAAGUGUAAGAUUCAUUUUAUUACAGUAUUUCAGGAACUUUUAGUACUUAUAAAAAUGGUUAUUUGUGUAGAGGUUAACAUGAAUUCAAUAUUUUGAUUUUGUAGACAAUAUUACUUUCGUAAAGUUGAUAAGUUCAAUAUCUUUCAGCACUGUUACAAUUUCCGUCUUCUUAAAAAACUAAACAAACUCCUGUUAUACUGAGAAGAAAUAAAAUCUCAUUUUCUUUGCAUAUUUUGUGUUUCUUUCACCUCUUUCAUUGCCCGCGAGUUUUAUCUAAAUAUUACGUUUCUUUUUG